GCGCCGCGAUCGCUCUGUCCGCACAAGGGGCUGCCAAGGGAGAGAGGGUGAGGGACGCGCCAGGAGAUGCGGCGAGCGGGCGGAUGGCCGGGCCAAAUAUGGGACGGGAGGAGUGAUACGGGGUGGGCGAGGCGUGGUCAAAGAAAAGCCCGCGGAUCGGCUCUGUCUGAUCUGUCUGGUCUAUCUGUCGUCCUGUGUCUCUAUAAAGAGGCCGCUUUUCUCAUGAAUGUAUUCUUCUUUUUCUGCCAUCUCUUCUUGCAUCUCUAUCCUUGUAUUUCCUACUAUUUGAUACCUAGUCGAACUCGUCUGUCUAUUAUCCUAUACCCACGCCAGCACCUAUAGAUACCCAUAGCCCAAUCUCUUGUCUUCACUCACCUCCCUAGGAUAUACCCUCGAGACGGCAUCCGCCCAUACAUAGCACCACAAUGCCUGUCCUACCGUCGGAGCCCGAGUUUGAGCAGGCCUACAAUGAGCUGGUCAGCACACUCAAGAACAGCAGCCUGUUCGACAAGCAGCCCGAGCUGCGCACGGCACUCAAGGUCGUGUCCAUCCCCGAGCGCGUGAUCCAGUUCCGGGUAGUGUGGACCGACGACCGGGGCGAGCUGCAGGUCAACCGCGGGUACCGGGUGCAGUUCAACUCGGCGCUGGGCCCCUACAAGGGCGGGCUGCGGCUGCACCCCUCGGUCAACCUCUCGAUCCUCAAGUUCCUCGGCUUCGAGCAGGUCUUCAAGAACGCGCUCACGGGCCUGCAGAUGGGCGGCGGCAAGGGCGGGGCCGACUUCGACCCCAAGGGCAAGUCGGACGCCGAGAUCCGGCGAUUCUGCGAGGCCUUCAUGGCGGAGCUGAGCCGCCACAUCGGGGCGCUGACGGACGUGCCCGCGGGCGACAUGGGCGUGGGCGGGCGCGAGAUCGGGUUCCUGUUCGGCGCGUACCGGCGCCUGCGCAACAGGUUCGAGGGGGGCGUGCUGACGGGAAAGGGGCUCGACUGGGGCGGCAGCCUGAUCCGGCCCGAGGCCACGGGCUACGGGCUCGUCUACUACGUCUCGCACAUGCUCGGGCACGCCGGCGCGCCCGGCUGGGCCGGCAGGCGCGUCGCCGUCUCGGGCUCGGGCAACGUGGCACAGUACGCGGCCCUCAAGGUCAUGGAGCUGGGCGGCACCGUCGUGUCGCUGUCGGACUCGCGCGGGGCCCUGGUGGCGCGCGGGGCCAAGGGCGGCGUCUCGCGCGCCGACGUCGAGGCCGUCAUGGCGCUCAAGGAGCGCCGCCGCCCGCUGUCGGAGCUGCCCGGGUGCGGCGGCAGCAACGGGGUUGCGAACGGCCACAAGGGGGCCAAUGGUCACGCCAACGGCAACGGGGUUAACGGCAACGGCAACGGCGUCAACGGCAACGGCGUCAACGGCAACGGCGUCAACGGCAACGGCGUCAACGGCAACGGCGUCAACGGCAACGGCGUCAACGGGCACAGCAACGGAACCAACGGGCACAGCAACGGCCACGAAGAGAAAGAGGAGGAGGAGGAGGCGCACCCGCGGCUCGAGUACAUGGCCGGGGCGCGGCCGUGGGCGCACGUGGGGCGCGUGGACGUGGCGCUGCCGUGCGCGACGCAGAACGAGCUCAGCGGGGCCGAGGCCGAGGCGCUCGUGGCGGCCGGCGUGCGCUUCGUGGCCGAGGGCUCCAACAUGGGCUGCGAGCAGGCCGCCAUCGACGUCUUCGAGGCCCACCGCCGCGCCAACCCGGCCGCCGCCGCCGUCUGGUACGCGCCCGGCAAGGCGGCCAACUGCGGCGGCGUCGCCGUGUCCGGCCUCGAGAUGGGGCAGAACAGCUCGCGUCUGGCCUGGCCAGCAGAGAAGGUCGACAAGGAGCUCCAGUCCAUCAUGGAGAACGCAUUCCAGACCGGCCUCAAGACGGCAAAGGAGUACGUCCCGGCCCGCGAGGGCGAGCUGCCCAGCCUGGUUGCCGGCAGCAACAUUGCCGGCUUCGUCAAGGUCGCCCGCGCCAUGCAUGACCAGGGAGACUGGUGGUGAGGCUUUACCACCUGCUUCUUUUCCUUUCGUCUAGGUCUUCUCAUUGGUUCGGGGAAUCGGCGUUCCGGCAUUUGGGGGAGUCAUUCGGGGAUUGUUUGUUACUGGGUGGGUGCCUCUUUGACUUCGGUCUGGCUUUGUUGGGAGGCUUCUCUCUUUUUUUCUUUUUUCUUUUUUCGCACACCACAUUCUCUCCAUCUCUCUGUAGCCCAAGUAUUCUCUCUCACCAUCCAAUCGGAUACAAUACAACGUAGCAUGGGGUCAGUUCGUAAUGCAGGGUGCCCCUUUCCC